CUAACACAAGCUUGAGUGCGUUGGCCGUUCGGGUGUGAUUGAGCGUUCUGUGGUCAUGUUGUGAGCACUGAACCGGUUUGUUAUAAUAAAGUACUCAGUAGUAGUGUAGCUGUGAUCAAAACAGGAGUAUGAAAUGGGCUCGACCAGCUCCGACAUGACUAAAAUACCAAAUGCGGAGGAUUUAGUGCGAGAAACUGGUUUCACGCAUGCACACCUUGUUCGUCUGUAUGAGCGUUACCAAUCUCUGGACAAAGGCAACAAGGGUCAUCUCAGUGCACAGGACUUUGCAGCCAUAAAGGAGCUGGCCAUGAAUCCUAUAUGUGACAGAAUAAUAGGGGCCUUCUUCUCUUCAGGACAGGAAACCCUGGACUUCCCAUCAUUUGUGAGGAUCUUGGCACAUUUUCGUCCCAUCGAUAAGAACCGUUCCAAAGAGCCCAACUCGCCUGACCCCAUUAACAGCAGAAUCAACAAGCUGAAAUUUGCUUUUCAGUUGUAUGAUCAGGACAAGGACGGCAAGAUUUCCAGACAAGAGCUCUUACAGGUUCUCCAGGCCAUGCUGGAAAGCCAGGUAACUCAAGACCAACUGGAAUGCAUAGUAGACCGCACUAUCCAAGAGGCAGACCUGGACAACGAUGAUGCCAUAUCUUUUGAAGAGUUUCGGAAGUCUCUAGAAAAGGUCGACAUUGACCACAAGAUGAGUAUCCGCUUCCUGCGCUAAAGCAUGACGACCUUUCCAGAAAAGCUGAGAAUUAAGUGUGGUCUUCAGAGGUAUAGUCUGUUUCCACCACAGACAUGGGGAAAAAAUAUUUGAUAAUAUUUACUGGAAUGCAUUUAUUUUUUAGGCCUACUGACAGCUGGGGAGAGUAUGUAUAAAUGAAUGGUAUUUGGGAAAAUGUGGUUUUUAAUCUGUGUAAUAUUUGGUAUAAGUAUUUUUGAUGUCUGACUUUGAUUUAAUUUCAGCUGGUUUUACUGUGACUAUGCAUGAUUUUUUAAGUAUGUUUGAGACUGGACUAGCUACUAUGUUCAUCUCACAGUUUCUGGGGUAAAUGUAGCUCCUUUUCACUAAAUUUCAGUUAGAGAUUAACACAAACCGGAAUAAAUGAGUAGUGCAGUCUAUACACAAAAGCUGUACCAUUUAUAAAACUGGAAAAAUAAAUCAGCAUGAAAAUAUCUAAAUAUGUAACUGCAUAUUUGCUAAGGAUUUCAUGUUGCCUAGCCACAAAUAUGUUACUUAUUAACAAGAGGUUUAGAAGACAUGGCUUUUGUCAAGCUACCUCAUUAUUUGGUUAAAAAAUACUUAAGAUGAGUUAAUAAAAAACUUCAGUUUACAGGGUUUUUUGUUUGUUUUGUAGUUCAGCUGUUUUCAGUUAUAUACUAUACAACCGUUGCUCAACUACUUAACUGCUGUCUUAGAAAGCAUGUGCAUACCAACAUGUGUAUGCAAGUGUGUGUGUGUAUAUGUGUGUGUGUGUGUGUGUGUGUGUGUGUGUGUGUGUAUAUAUAUAUAUAUAUAUAUGAGUGUGAGAGAGAGAGAGAGAGAUCUGUUUAUUCAUUUAAUUUUUUGCAUACAGAUAAAACUACUGCCACUACAAUUAUCAAAAGGGCUUAAUGUUGUUAAAUAUACAUUUUUGUAUACAUUCUUCUUUAUUCCAGGUUUUAGUAUAAUGAAUUUGUAUUUAAUGCCUACCUCGUUAAUCCUACUGAUUUAAAGGGGUUUUAUGUAACCAUUAACAAAAAGAUAUAAACCACUUUUAUUGGUUUCAGAAGCAUGCUUGUGAAUGCAGCUUUGGAAUUUGUAUUAACAACAGUUAAAAAAAUAAAAAUGCAUUUGAACUUUGAAAAA